AUGUUGCUAACAGGUUUUGCUCCAGUCGUUCUGUCUGUCCAGUCGGAUACUACAACUCUGUAUCUUAUUAAGCAAGCCAUGUCAUGGCCAGAUGCAAGAAGCUACUGCAAAGCAAAGUACAUCGACUUGGCUCCAGUCAAGACCUACAAUGACUUGUUGAAUAUCAGAGCUGAAGCUGCACGCCAAGGUGUGACAUGGCCCAUUUGGAUUGGCCUGUACGACGAUAUCGACAGCUGGCGCUGGUCCUAUAAUAAUCUCUCACUGUCUGCUAUAACUCUCCGAAAAUGGGAUCCAUUUGAGCCUAAUAAUUAUAAUGGAAUUGAACAAUGUGGUGUAAUAACCAGUUUGGGGGGUUGGUGUGAUUGCUCAUGCAGCACACUUAAGCCCUUCAUCUGCUACAAUGCUGAGUACCCUGGAGAUAGCAGGUUUGUUGGCAUCGCCAUUCCUCAGUUGAACUGGACCGAUGCUCAGACCUACUGCAGAAGUUUUCACACAGAUUUGGCCACAGCGCUCGACGAAACAGAAAACAACCUUUUACAGCAGGUAGCAUCAGGUCAAGGCGACUCUUGGUUUGGUCUUUACAGGGACGCUUGGUUUUGGACUGAUCACACCAAAGCUCAGAACAUCUACUGGACUCCUGGACAGCCUGAUAAUUAUUAUACAGAUGAGAACUGUGGAGAGUUUUAUGGAGGAUUGCUUGAGGACAUGAGCUGCACAUCUGGAAAUUAUUUCUUCUGUCACUACAAUCCAAUACAAAGAAAUAUCGUGAAGCUGCAGGUGACGUCUGAUCAGAACGUGUUUGAUGCUGCUGUACAGUCGUCACUUUUGAUGAAGAUUGUGCAGAAGCUGGAGGAACUCAGCAUGUUGAAGAACAUCACAGUGACAUGGAGGGUUCAGCCUGAUGGAAACAUUUUCUACAAGAAAAAUGAUGAUGUGUAACUUGUACAUGUGGUAAAUAAUAGAGUUUUAUUUAGAACAUAGUCAUCAUGCCAUGUGGCUUUU